AUGGCUCUCGUGCUCUUCGAUAGGGCCGGAUGCGUUGGCGCUGCUUUGACCUCAGUCGAAGGCAGACGCUGGCGGAGGAAGUAUCGCGCUAAUUUGGCAGCCUGCCAGACCGUGAGGAACAAGGCAACUGCGCGCAGUGGGGAUGAGCAGAGACGCUUGGAUCUCGGGCUUUGGGUCAGUCGCCACGCCCACUUUUUCCUUGUUUUCUGCCGGCUCCGGAGGUCCGAGAAACGUCUGGAAUUAAUUGAUCCAGUCAAAUUACUUGGAAAACGGCAAUUUGUUAGAUUUGCUGAUAAGUCAUUCUGCGUGGAAUGAUUAAAUUACUUGAUGGAGUAUCCUUUUCAUUAGGAUCGCUAAUGACAAAGUAACUUGCAAACUUUUUUCACUUUGUCGGCGUUCUCGGAGGUUCAAGAAACGUCUGGAGCUGGUGGAACUAUUUUUUUUCCAGUCGGAGUACAAGGAAAAUUGCUAUUCUAACUAUCUGAAAAAUUUCUUCAUCGGAAAUCCGCGAGUUGGAGUAUUCGAAAGCUUUCUACUGAAGUUUCUAGAAUCUCUAACUCCAGAGGGGGAGAGAUUUGAAAACAUCUGGAGCUAGUAAAUAUAUUUAACCCCGUCAAAAACCAGAAAAUCGCCAUUUAGUCGGUUUUCAAACAAUACAUGAUAAAUGUUUGCUCUCUCUCUCUCUCUAUUGAGGGAAAUUUCUUUCCAAAAAACUUUAGGAGUUAUUAAAUCGAAUAUUCCGACUUCUUGACUUUCGUAAAUAUUAACACCAAAAAAAAAUGCUCCUCUGACUUUUUUCAAAAACAGGUUUUCGCAACUCGGAAUAGAACAAUAAGGUUGGAAAUGUGAUACAAAAGUGGUGAAAUGAAGUGGGCAGGUGAACGAGUUCCUUCAGGAUGAAUGGAGCACCACUGUAUGCCUAGCUGAGGUCCGGCAGGUCAACAAUUGGCUCCACUGAAUCGCCAAUGCCUUCUGGUUGCAUAAAUAACGGUUUUCCUCCUCUUUUCGCGCACCAUGAAGCUUUGGAGGAGCGUUUUGGAUGGCUUUGCGAUUUCGAAAAAGGGCAUUUCAAAUAUUUAUAAGUUUCCACUACUUUCAAUUCGGCUGUAUAAUCAUUAUUUCUCGGCUUGAAAUGGCGGGGUGCAGCGAUGACAGUUCAAAAUAAUUCACAGAUUCAAAAAAUAGUAAUUUAUUUAAUGGAGACGCCAAAGUUCAUUUCGAAAAGUUAAUUUGAGUCCUUUCUCGUGUCUAGGGUGGUGUUCUCAAACUUAGGUAGUUACAGUCUUGACCGCUAUGACGUCAUAUGACGUAGCGCGUUUUAAGGUUGCGACAGUGUAAAAAGUGUGCCGCCCACGUACCGCUAUAAAACCAUUUACUUCAAUAGAAAAAAAAGUUUUUAAAGUAGAAAGUGAUAAAAUGUGGGCGGAUCAUUUUCCUUGAGCUGUGUUUCAAUGCUCAGAAAAAAAGAUAUUUGAUCCAAAGUAUUCAAUUUUAUUAAAACCUGGGCAGAAAAAGGAAUUAUGGCUCGCGAAAAAACUCAUCACUGCCCUCUACCUACCGUUUCUCUACCUACCGUUUCAACUGCCCUCUACCUACCGUUUCAAAACAAGAAAUUAUCAAGGGUUUUUUUUUCUGUGAGCGUAAAGUUGUCUUUCUUCCAGUCGGCUCUUCUUUUUGCGGCAAGCAAUCGUUCUUCGACGUGCGUACGCAUGUUUCUCUCCUAAUUGAGAGCCUCGAGACAUCGUGGAAGAUUAGAAUCCCUCAGGGUAUCGCUGGAAGAAGCUUCUUCCCCGUUACACGGACGAAUUACCAAUGAGUUUUCGUCUCACGGCAAAAAAGUGGCUUCUAUCCUUCUCUCUCUCUUCGCUAGCGCAAUCUGUCACCGUAGUAAAUUCAGUUUGGCAUGGCUAGUUGAUUUUCUUGGGAGUUCCGUCAUAGAGGCUUUUUCUCCACUUUUAAGCUGUUUUUUGGCUCAAGUUUCUUCUAAUUUAAGGAAUUCGCCUUGAUAUUCAGUUGAACGCAAGAAAAGGGCAAUGGUUGUGAAAAUGGGAGAAGAGAAGCUUUGAUGAAUGAUGGAUGCACUACAAACGACAAGAACGCGAACGUCUUUGCAUAAUUGAACUUUGAGGGAAAAAAGUGAAAAGAAAAAAAAGAAUAGUUUCUGAAUAAGAGGAAAAAAAAAUAGCGGAGAGACAAGCAUUCGAAAUCUUUGAUUUUCAAUUUUUUUAACACUCAAAAGGGCUCAGGUCAAGCUUGAUUGUUGCUAUUGAAUUCUUGUCUCAUGAUUUUGAAGAUCGAUGGGUUUUUAAGAAUGGGUCCUGGAGCGAUAAAUGAACGAAUGGGCAAAAAAAAAAAAUAUUAUUGUGACACAUUGCUAUUUCAAGAAGUUAGUCGUGAUUUGAGUAUGUAGUUUUUUUUUCGGAAACUUUCUCUGUUUUGUUUAGAGGAUCAUGGACUGUAACAUGGACUGUGACAAACUUUUGAAAAAUCUGUCAAAGAAGGGCCUCAAAGCAAGUUUCGCAGUACCUGCGCUAGUGGCCUUCAAAGUUUUCAGCAACCAUUUAUGAUUAAAAAAAAAAUCACUUUUGCAUUUGAAUAGUGCUUUUGUUAGACAUGGUAAAAAAAAUGUAUUGAGCUCCAAAAAGACGAUUCAAAAAAAAAAAAUACAGAAAUUGACCGAGCAAUGAUUUUUGCAACUUUUUUCCUGUUGCAAAAAUGUAUUCGACGUAAUUCACUUAUCUCUGCCGGAACUGAGUGGCUCAAUAUUCGCGCGCGCGUGCUCACAAGAGCCCUGCCCAUGAAUGGGAGGACAAGCGGCGCAAACAAUCGUCUCUUCUCAUUUGGAAGGAGGAGGGCGAUUUCUAAAGUGCUGGGUGAUGACCUCCAGCUUAUGGGCCAAGUCUUGAAAAUCUCCAUUUUUGAGCUGAGACAGUAGUUUUGGCUUUUCGUGUUGAUCUGAUCACAUAGAAACGCCACGAUUUUUGAAAAAAAAAAUAUAAAUAUUGCCUUAAAAUGGAUGGAUUGAACUAAUUCGUCCCAACUUGUAUUUCAUAAGGGUAAUAAGAACAGACGCGGCCGUGACGCGUCGAGCCAUUCCAAAUGCAAAAAAAGUAAUCCAAGUUUUCGGUCAAGAAAAAAAAAGUUAUACGUAGUUUUUUUCAUGUCUUUGAAAGUAUCGUUCCGAAAAACAAGGCUUUUUCUCUAGUCAAGCUCAUUCCUUUGCGAAAAAGAGAAAUUUUUAUCAAAAAGGUACUCUUUCAGGAAGUCCACUCCAUUGUCGAUGAUCUAUCUGUGAGGCUCGGCGAGCUCGGCGACCAUUGGCUCGACAACAGUCAGACGUCCCCCAAGUACUUCGAAUUCACUCCCAUCGAACUCCACGCCGUCACUGAACGUCUUCGACUUCCGGAACCCACGGCUUCUGGUUGAAAUUUAUGGAAAAUCAGUGGAAAAGCGUCUUUUCAGACUCCCACAUGGUGGCUGACAUCGGUAAUACCGUUGAUUUCUUGCACCGGGUCCGCGCCUUGAAAAUCCGAGGACAGAAAGGCUACGUCGGCACCUCGAACAUCGUUUGGAACUCGUUGGACCUCAGCCUCAACUUUUGUAAAAAUCUCCUCGCUCUUUGGGUUGGUUUUGUUAUUUUUAUUUCUCAUAUGAAAGGCAUGCUGUUUUUUUUGUGGUAGACUAUCUAGUACGCUGAGAAAUUGGAAUUUUAACAGAAGAAGUAUAUUCAAUUCCGCCCUUCAGAUUGCCGAUUCUGACGUCGCUCGGAUAUCUGGACUUGGGAAUGUUAGGGAGACGCUGCGACGUCUUGUCGUCCACUACUCGAUGAAGAACGUUCGGGUUCGGAUUCAUCUUGUCUGCUCUUUUCCACAAUUGUUGAACUCCCAGGACUUCCUGGUCGAUGCUGAAGACGAUGGAGUUCGGCCUGUAGAGGAGAUGGUCAAGUGGAGCGGCCUCGAAGACGUCGACUUCUCUUUCAACGAGCUGAAGGGCUUCGAUGAGAGUGUGGUUCGUCUGACAUUUGGUCAUUGCUUGGUAGUUUUCCGUCCAUUCUUUAGAAAUAAAGAGGUGAAAAUAAUUGAUGAAUUCGGUUUGUGGUUAGACUGAGAAAAAGCAUAGCCCAUUCCGUACCAGCUCUUUUUGUUUUUUAAUAUUAAACUUGCCCCCUGUUCUUACGAUAACUUUUUUCUACCGACCGACUCGCCCCGAACAAACUAUAUUCAGAGAUUGCUCGGCACUGUCCGAUUGCUCAACUGCAGUUACAAUAACAUCCUCGACAUUGGUGUUCAUCUUCAGCAUCUCCAUAAUCUGACCGAACUCGAUUUGUCCAAUAACAGUAUCACAAAAGUCGACAAGUCAGUGUCUCUAUCAGAAUUAUUAAAUUCAAAUUUAUUUGCUUCGAGUUGGAACGAAAAGCUUGGAAACGUCAAGAAGCUGAAGCUCGGCGGUAAUUCCAUUGAAGAUUUGACCGGUUUGUAUUUAUUUCCUGUUCCAAAAGGGAAAAAUCUUCAUUUGAAGGCUUGUCGAAGAUGUACUCUUUGGAGUAUUUGGACGUGAAGGGCAACAAGGUUUCAACGAUUGGUUGGUUUCCUUUUCUUCAAGUUCAAAGAAGUUUCAUUAGUCUUUUAAGGGUAUGAGGAUUUUAUCAAUAUCAAUAUUUUUUUAUUGGUUGUUUUAGUCAGAUGGAAUCGACUAGGCGGUGAAAAAGUUGCUCUUUGGAGCGGCACUAACACCGCCUUUGGCGAAAAAGAAGUCAAACGUUUAGUCGAUCGAAUCGAAAACAUGAUCUUACGGUCCUUCACCUCGUCCUUCAACAAGUAGAUCCCUCAGUUUUGCGGGUACGGGCGCGGCGGGGAUGGUGGGGCUCGGGCACGGACGUCGUGUACACUCUAGGGUAGCCUCGGGAGAGCUUUUUUGAGAGAGUUGAGAGAGCUACCACUUUGAGUGAAGAAAACACACGGAAUUUUGAAGAGAAGCUUUUGAAGAACUUACCAAAAUUUUCAUGAGAGCAUUUUUUCUCUGCGCUCUCUUUUUCUCUCAGCGACCUUCUCAUGUUGACUUGCUAUUUUCACUUUUCUCUGUCCUUGCCAGUGAGGGAACAGAGAGACUCAGACACUCAAAAACGUUCAAAUUGCGGCGAAGGGGCUUCAUUCUUCCAGAGUUCUUCCGGGUUUCCGAUAAAAUUUUUGAACUUUCCAAAAUUGUGGAAUUUUAGCUACAAGGAACUUGAAUUUUUAGAAUCCGUGCAGCCGGUUGGCAAGCUCCCCUGUCUAGAGAUUCUGAUUCUGAGGGAGAAUCCGAUUCGAAAGGUCGUCGAAUAUCGGACCCGAGUUUUGGAAGCUUUCGGCGAGCGGAGCAGCGAGGUGAAGCUCGACGGAAGAAGGACCGACUCCAGGGAGCUUGAUACUGUCCGCGUGAGAAUGGCUCUGAGGAGAGCCAAGGAGGAGAAAGAGGAGAAGGAAAGGAAGCGCAAAGAGCGGAUCGAUGAGAAGAUUCGGUACGAUUUUUCGAGUUUUUGCCGAAUUCAUUUCAUAUUCUAAAAUACCCAUAACUGAAACGAUGUCUCUGAAUAUGUUAAAAAAAUAAAUCCGGAGAUUCGAAUUUUUGCCGUUUUACUAUUUGCCUUUCUUCAAACAAACUUUUUGAAAAAAAGUUUCCAAAAAAAUAGAUUUUUUUAUGGUUUAUGAUCCGAAUUUUGAACAUUGACUUUCCUUUUUUUGGUUUUUCGGCAAACUCGUUAAAGAAAUAGAUUAAAAAAAUAUUUUUUUGAAUUUUGCAAAUUAUCAAUAGCGAUCUAAGUCUACAAGGUUGACAGCCAGUUAAAUUUUUUUUGAAAAGUUUUUUAACGGCUAUAUCAAACGCUAAAGCAUUCAAAAGCCGAGAAAAGAGAGUCAUUUUUUGUCUGAAAAGAAAAAAGCAAAAGAAAAAGGUUCGAGAAUUUCAAAAAAAGGACAUUUUCAACUCCAGGUCAGGGUCCACUACUCGUUAAGAAGAAAUCAUUCUCGUUACUGGUUAUUCUACUGCAUUUUCGUCUUGUAUUUAUUAUAACUACUCAUCUUUCUACUGUAUGCAGUUAACAAACCUAUUAUUUUUAUAAAGCGAUUCUCAAGCUUCAAAAUUUCCGUUACAGCUACAUUUCGGGUGACGACUUUGAAAACGAUCUUUCAGCCCCUUGCGACUUUUAA